GCGUCGUUGUUCUCGCAGACUAACGUUUUAAAGUCAAAAACUACAGCAUCCCAGUGCUGAAGUGCGAGAGUAUGCCUGUGCCAGUAUUUCCAAACUGUUGCAGCAGAAGCAUGUAAUCCCAGCCUUUUUGCAGAGAGAUGUUGUCCGGUGUUUGGGGCCUAUGCUGCUGGAUCACAGUUUAGCUGUUCGUGAGACAGCUGCAGGGGCUCUCCGAAAUCUCAGUGCUUGUGGAGGAUUUGAAGUCUGUGAUGACAUGGUGACAAAAGACAUCAUGACACCUCUUGUCGCACUUCUGAAAGAGUGUAGCGCUGGACUAGAUGCUAAUCAGCUCUCUCCGAAGAAAUGCAAAGAAACGAACAAAAAUUAUGUGGAAGACAUAGCCAAUGAGGCUAUUAACUUGCUGUGGAAUGUGUGUGAAUGCAACAAUACAGCAGUAUCCAUAUUCAAUAAAGAAGGAUGUCUGGAGGCUGUAUUACAUUAUAUGAAGAAAUUUUCCACAAAUGUGGAUCUGGCUAUUUCAGUAGCGAACUGCUUACAGGCAGUGACAGAGGAUAAUCCUGAACUUCUUUCUUCAUUCAAUUCCUCUGCACAGCAAGUACUGGAAACUGUUAUGUUGUGUCCAGAGAGCACAAUGAAGCAUAUCCUUUUGAGAACACUGAUAGCAGGCACUAUCUGGAAUAUCAAGGACACUAUUCCACAAGGCAGCCUGGCAAGCAUGGUUAAUGCAAUCCUGAAGAUUUUCUCAGAAUCAUUAGAAGUAGAUGCUGGUGAAACAAUUAUUCGUAUGAGUGAAGCUGAAAAAAACAGGUUAAAACUUGCUGCAGAGGCAGAAACAGAGGAAAACAUGAGUGAUGUAAUGGACAACUGUGUUUUGAGUGAAGAUGAUGAAAUGGAAGAAAUACCAAAAAGAAAAGUCAGAAGAGAAAACGACAUUUCAGACCUACUUCCAGCAGAUAAGUGGGAGCUGAAAGAAGUGACAGCCUUACUGAUGGCUCAGCAGACUGCUCUGGAAAUCAUUGUUAACAUGUGCUGCAGUGAAGAUCCCUCUGAUGAUGAAUGGGAGGAACUGUCCAGCAGUGAUGAAAGUGAUUUGUUUAUGGAGAAUUCAUACAAUGAGGGCAGUGGGCUGCUAAUGUCACCCCUGUGCCUCUCUGAUGAGGUUAACUCAGCGUUUCUGAACUACCUCAUUCCAAAGAAGAUUCUUGAAAAAACUGCUUUUCCGAACAGUGUUGCUCUAGACAUCUGUAUGCACAAUCCAUCUUGGAAACCAUUAAUUAAAAAACUGAACACAGUGCAGUGUAGAGCUUUGACAUGCCUUCACAGCAUUUUAUUAGUAUCAGAUGUGGAUUGUCUCGGUGGAGCUUCAGCACUUCAGUCACUUGCACAGCAUCUCUCACAGCUAGUCUUUUCUAAAACAGAAUUCCCUAAAGAUACAGAAUACCUGGAAGCUGUAACUAGUGCUUUGAGGGCUCUCUUACAAACAAUGGCAUCAAAGAACAUCUCCCAGUGUAUGACCCCUGAGCAGCUAAUCGCUUUAUGUGAAGCUGGUAUUCACAGCAGCAAUUCCAAUGUUAGAGUGAACGUAGUUAGCAUCCUUGGAAUUUCUGGCAGUGUCCUGGCAAAAGCAGAAGAUACAGCUGAAACGCUCAAGAUGAUUGGAAAAUUUCUUCUUGAGGUUGCUAUGAAAGAAUCUUCUCUUGUAGUAGCAGGGGAAGCCUUGGAUGCACUUUUUGAUGUGUUUGCAGAUGGUAAAGAAGCAGAAAAGGCAGCAGUUCAGAUUAAGUUGCUCCCAGCACUGAAAGAAUUUCAACCAGUGUUCAAAAUGAGGAUGCGAAAAGAAGGCAAAGGAGAAUAUAGUGCAGAUCAGCUCUGUGUUCUUGACAAUGUGAAGAUGAAUUUGAGAAGAUUCAUUGCGUAUCAGGAGACACUAGUGAAAAACCCAACUUGAAACAUCAAGGAACUUUAAAAUAAGGUUUUCUUUAUUGAAUAAUAUUUUCCAAAAAUACAACCAUUUUGGCUUCUAAAAUUUGUUGAGCAGAGCAGUUUUGCUUUCAUGUUAAUAUUGAUUAUUUUUUUUUUGUUUACAUUUAGUAUUUUUAUACUUCUGGGUUGAUGCAAUAUGAAAGUAACAUCAGCAUAAAAAAAACAGCAUUACUUUGAGAUUAAAUGUUAGGAGUGAUAAGAAUGUGCUCGUGCAGUUCUGAGAUCUGUAAAUAGCACUACUGACAAUGUUUAGAAAUCCUCAUGUAUCCUGGCGGAAAAUUACCGUUGCAUGAAAAAAGUAAUUUAAGGAAUGUCCUCAGUUAUGUGCCAGAUCAAGAAAAAGAAAACAGUAAAAAAAAAAAAAAAAAAAAAAAAAAAAAAAAA